GGGACGUCGGGGACACAGUCUGUGCCGCACAGCCCAAAUGGGUGUAUCCGGUCACUAUUCGAUGAUUAAACUGUCGUACAACAGACCGACGCGCGAUUUCUAAAGACGAGAUCGGAAAGAAGAAAAGAUACCUGCGCAAACAUCUGUUAACACACAUUUUGAGCUAUUCGGCUCAAUUUCAGCGCGACACGGCACGCUUGCGAGCGACCGCGGACGCGGGUGACAGGUAUGAUUUGAGCGGCGACGUAAGAUGAUACUGAGGAACCUGCCGCUCGCGCAAUGGCUUCUGAUCCUGAUCCUCGUCAUCGUGAUAGUCUAUCUGCGGCUGCGAAUGAACGACUUGGAGGAAAGCUACAAAUCGCUCCCAGAUGAUGCUGUUAUACAGCGAAUUGAUACUAGAAACGAUGACGGGCGCACCGAGGCGCGUGGAAGUAACGAGGAUGAUCUGGAAGAUAUUGUAGUGAUAUACAAUAGAGUGCCGAAGACAGCAUCUACCAGCUUCAUGGGAUUAGUUUACGAUCUGUGCAAACAAAACAAGUAUCACGUGUUACAUAUUAAUGUGACCAAUAACAUGCACACUCUUACUUUCGCCAACCAGGUUCAAUUUGCAAACAACAUAUCAAACUGGAACAGUAUAAAACCAGCGUUUUAUCAUGGACACAUGGCAUUUUUAAAUUUUGGAAAAUUUGGUACUAAGCGUAUGCCUUUGUAUAUAAAUUUACUGAGAAAACCUUUAGACAGAUUUAUAUCAUAUUAUUACUUCUUAAGAUACGGGGAUAAUUUUAGACCUCAUGUUAUAAGGAAGAAACAUGGAGACACAAAGACAUUUGACGAGUGUGUAAAUAUUGGUCAACCUGACUGUGAUCCUAAUAACAUGUGGCUGCAAAUUCCGUUUUUAUGUGGUCACGAUCCAGCUUGUUGGGAAAUUGGUAAUAGCUGGGCAUUAGAAGAAGCCAAACGGAAUCUACAGAGGUAUUACUUUCUAGUUGGAGUGACAGAGGAGCUAAACGAAUUCGUAGAAGUAUUAGAGAAUGUACUACCACGGUUUUUCAAAGGAGCAUACAACUUCUUCUUACAUAAUAACAAAUCGCAUUUACGACAAACUACACAGAAACUCAAUCCAUUGCCCGAAACGGUAGACAAGAUCCAGCAAUCGGUUGUAUGGAAAAUGGAAAAUGAGUUCUAUAAUUUCGCUUUGGAACAUUUUCACGCUGUGAAAAGACGCCUCAUAAAUGCUUCCCCUCAAGAUGCAAAUCAACGUUUUAUGUAUGAAAAGAUACGACCAAAGUAAACUUUUUUUACAUAAAACCUUAUUCUCACUGAAUAACACAAUAGUGUAAUUCGCGCGCGACUGUGAAGUAUGUAUUUAUUGUAAUUAUGAGCAAAAUAAUUUUUUUAUGAAAUGAAUUUAUAAAGUUAAUAUUUAUUUUUUUUCUACUCGUAAGAUGUAACGUUUUCUUUUCAAAGUUUUUAAAUGUUGCAUCUAAAAUAAGAUAAUUUAGAAGAAAAUGAAAAUAAAUAAAUUAAUAUUGAAAUCUAACUAAAGGUAUACAAUAAUCGGAAAUUUGAUUUGUAAAUUGCACAUUAUAGACUGAUUCAUUGAUUUCUUGGUCUAAGAGCAAACAUAUAAACUGGAUAUAAGCCAGGUGGGAAUUUAGUCUGCUGUUGUUCCUUAAUACAAAUAAGAUCAGCUCUUUCAAAUAAAGCUCGUAAACUUUUCAUUGGCCUCGUCACGGAAGAGUCUUCCUUAUCAAUUUCCAUAUUAUUCGAGGUUGUGAUAUUUUCUUUUACCACAAGCACACCAUUGGCUUUCAGGCCUAAUCUACAAAUCAAAAUUGUAAGAUAAGAAACAGUAUGUCGUGUUUCUUCGACAAGAGAACGAAAACAAAACUCACGAGCACUUUCUGAAAAAUUCUAUUAAAUCGUCAUCUUUUAAAUGUCCUAGUACCCAUUGACACCAUAUAAGAUCAUACUUGUUUACCAUAGGACAGAAGUUUUGUAAUCCUUAAAAGACCAAUAUAUUUAUACAUACGCACGCACACACACCACCCACACACACACACACACACACACACACGCGCGCGCGCGCGUGUGUGUGUUAUAUCAAAUCUCAUAAGGAAACAUAACGAGAAAAAUUGUAUUCUGAACAAAAGAACGUUUAAACUAUUACUGUGAUACCAAAAACUAUUGCGUCAUUUUUUUGUUAUCAUCAAUUGUACAAAUUUGACUCGAUAAUUGUUUUAACCCUCAGUUCCUAGACUGAGUGUGGCACGAGCAUAUUUUUUCUGAAAAGUUUGUUGACGUUUUUUAAAAUAUUUUUAAACCAAAUUAAUUUUCGAUAUUUCAGCUAAAAAUAUUCUUUUUUGUGAGAUUCUAAACUUUUAUUUAAAAAAAGGAUUCUAAUUGAUUGAUUUAACUCCGAAAUAUGAACGAUUGAAGAUUGCUCGGAUAGCGCACACCCAGUCUAGUAACAACGAUAAAUUUCGAGAGUCUAGGAACUAAGGGUUAAUAGUAAGAAUUUAUCUUAUAACAUCUUGUAACAUGCUUUUAUUUGUAAUUAAUAAAUUUUUCUAAUAAAUUAUUGUCAAAUCAAA